AUGGGCAGGUCACCUCAACUGCAGUACACCAUACGUUCCAAACCACGCCAGAAUCCAGGAUCCUCGCUUGAACUACCAAUUCAGAGACAGAUGCUCUCCUGCAAUGCCCCGGUAGUGCCUCCCUAUGCCACCAUUGGGAAUUUUCGACUAUCCUACAAGCCCGGGGACAGAUUGAAUGUCACGUGUGAUAUAAGGGGAGAACCGGUUACAUUGGAAUGUGAUGAUGGCUUAUGGACAGGACAGAAUGUAGUGUGUGAUUCCCCCGCCCCAGCGUGCAGUCCGCCGAACAUUCCUUCGAUCUCAUAUAUUGAAGCUGUUAAACCACGCUACAAGAAUGGAGACCAAGUGAAUAUCACAUGUAACGAUAACUCUGAGCAGUUCGUCUGGGAAUGCCAAGAAGAUGGUUUGUGGCGAGGAAGGUACAUCACAUGUGCAUUCAAUGUAACACCUAUUGCAGGUCCGAACCCAGGACCUCCUGCGCCAAUAAGAAACCCACCAAAGGAAGUUAGUGGCAGAGAGUAUUUUAUCACCGGCCUACUUGUAGUAGCUGUCAUUUUGUUCGUUCUGGUUUUAAUGAGUUUGGCGAUGUUCUUCAUUUUCGUUAGGAAUCGUGGAUACGGCUUGGCAUCAUCAUCAAAAGAAGCUCUCAGUGAGAAAGCUCGGGGGCCUCUGCCAGAUGUUCCGGAAGGAUAUGCGAAUUAUGUUGCUGGCGAACAAUCCCUCUACGUUGAACCUUAUCUCAAACAAAAUGGAGAUCCAAACCCCAGCUACGAAGUCUACGAAAAACCAGUUUGA